UGGUUUCAACCGUCAAAUCAAAAAUUUCUCGUUCUUAUCACAAAUCAUAACAAAGGGAGGGAAUAAAAUACAGUAGUUUACAAGAAUUCAAUAAUGGCUAGUAUAAUAGAUUCACAUAAUAUUAAGCAACCGUUUAAAGUAAUAGAAGUGCCUUUAAGUAAGUUUUCUGAGGAAAUUAUUCCUCACCACCAAAAUGUUUAUGAACAAUACAAAGAAUCUAUGAAAAAGUUAUUAACUGUAGCUGAUAAACAACAACUUAAAAAGGAAAUUAAAGAGAAAAAACGUAAUGUGAAACAAUUAAGAGAUCUUAUGUACGAAUUAGAUACAUUAAGAACCCAAGUAGAAGAUGAAAAUUUAGAUAAUUUUGAUGCAAAAACUGUGUCUCUAAGAAAAAUAAUAUUAAAUUUAAUUAGUGGAUACUCAGAAUUUGAAAAGACUGUAAAUAAACUGAUACUGAGUGAUCAAGCUAGUGAGGAGUCAGAAAAAGAAAAUCAAAGGCCUUUUGAAGGAGCCAGCCAUAUACAAAUUCAAGAAAACCUGGAAGACCUGAAAAUUAGAGAGAAACAAGAACAAUUAUGUAAAGUGGAGAACAUCAAUAGAGAUGUACAAGAUUUGAAUGAAAUGUAUAAAAAUUUACAUGAAAUGGUAGGCACCCAGGCAGAGAGUGUUGAUCAGAUAUCAGAAAAUGUUGAAAGUGCUCAGCUGAAUGUUGAAACUGGAACUCGAAGUUUAUCAAAGGCUCGCAAAUUAAAAGCAGUAGCAUAUCCAGUUACAGGAGCCGUUCUAGGUGGCAUAAUUGGUGGCCCCAUUGGACUCGUCGCCGGUCUAAAAAUAGGGGGAUUAGCGGCGGUGACGUGCGCCAUAGCUGGAUACACUGGUGGUAGGUGGUUCAGGAAGAAGACCAUCGAGAGUACUGAUGACCAAGACAUACAAAUACAAAGUGAGGAUGUCAAUGGCGAGGCAGUAACGACGAAAAAGGAGAUUUGACAAUGUUAUUUAUGCUAGAUUUAAGUGUUUGAUUGAUUAAGUCCUUUAUAUUAUUUUUUAAAGCUGCAGUAUACCCAUAAGCACAAAAGAACUCACAGAAGUUGCUAACAUCUAAACUAUUUUUUGCUGUUGAACCAAAGGUUUAGUGUCUCUUUAAUUUAAAGCUAACUAAGAUUUUAGUAACGACAUUUUCUUAAGUUUUUAUGAAAAAAUUGAUGUAAAGUAAAUACAAUUUAAUUUUAAAUAAAAGAAAUUGGCGAUUCUCUUAGACGCUUUUUCUUCAAAAUACAAAACUGUCACAAUAAUGAAGUCGGGAGUUUUUAUUGUAAAAAGGGUGGUACUGUUAAUUUAAUUUAUUUUUUUUAUUACUUUUAAUGAUAUGCUUAAAGUGUACAAUGAAUAAAGUUAUAAAAAAUUGA